AUGUCUUCCCCAAAAUUCCGUGCCCAGUCUUCCUUUGUUUCAGUUCCUCCCGAUUACAUUCCUGGGACUGGGAUUGACAAACAUGCGAUAGAGGUUAGGAGCAAGCUUCAUCCUUUUGCCCAGAAGAACCUAGAUGAGAAUGUCCUUCAUCUGUUCGAGAAUACCUUGGUGCUGGGGCCUCACUGGUUUGGUCAUGUUCCUCCCGAGAUGGCAGAACGGAUGAAGAAGGAUGCUGAGGCUCCUUUAUGUUUUGAGAGCACUUCUGCUCUGGCUUCUCAUUCCUGGGUUAGCAAGAAUCUGAGCCGGUCCUUCCCGUCCAGCGAAGUGAGAAACAGUUCAGUGAAAUGGGUAGACUGGAUUGAUAGGCUUCUUCCAAGAUAUGGACCUUACUGGAAGCGGGCUGGUAUUUAUGAUGCUAUACUUCUGUCCAAGCAAUCUGUCAACAGAGAUGAGAACCUGCUUGCUGCAGCUCUGUGUUUCUGGAAUUCUGCCAGUAACACUUUCGACUUUCGCAUAGGCCCCAUGACUCCAACUUUGCUGGACAUAGCUCAGAUAUUCAGGUUUAGGCCCCAUGGGAGACCUGUUGGUGCUGUUGGUGAUUAUCACAGGAAGAAAAAUCAGCAAAAGCUAGCCAAGCCAUUCACCAUCUCUCCAGCCCUCAUCAACCAGAACUGCUCAUUCUCCAAUUACCUGAGGAAAUUAAAUGCUGAGAAGGACAAGGUCUAUUUCCCUGAAUUGAGGUUCCCAGACAUAGUUCUGCAUGAGGAUCAAGUUCUGGCUCAACCAUUGAUGUCGGCAGAAGUGCCCAAGCGUUCUAUUAAAGAAUACUUGGUGUUCUUCAGGAGAACCUAUCCUUGGUUCCAGCCUGGAUACCGUUUGUUUGAGAAAGAGCCGGAAGAAGAAGCAGCCAGAAUUGAUUUCAGGAAGAAGUUCCUUAGUGUGACCCUUCCAAGAGACCCGCCCCAUGGAGGUGGGAAGCCUCCCAAUUUCAUCUGGGGGCAGAAGUGUAUCACCCCAACUUUUGUGCAAGGCAGCUUGGCUGCCCACAGCUUAUUCCACUCAAAUCCUGUAGGAGCUGCAAUCGAGCUUCUUCUUGGAGGGACCUGGAUGACCUGGAGGUGCAUAAGGAUGCCAUUGCUUUUUGAUGGCUGGGAUGGCUGGGCUAUUCGUACAGGAGAGGAGACUCACAAGUUUAUGGUGCAGACCAUAAAGGACAUCAAUGCCCAAGUUCUCGAAGAUCCUUCUUUGACACAAAAUGUUGGUGGUCAGUCUGCCCAGGCUGGAGAAGUGUUUGUUAAUUCUGUCAUAAGUGCUGGGGACCUGGAGUUUCCUUCUAGAAAGGAAGAAGAAGAAGAAGAUCAAGCAGAACAGACUCCCGUUGAGGCCACUCCUUCUGUCAGAAGGAAAAGAAAGGAAACUGCUCAACCUGCGACUUCAAGUCCUUCUCCCCCUCCUUCUAAGUCAAAAAGGCUUAGAAAGAGGACGGUGGUGGAAUAUGUGGCCACAGAAGAAAUUGCAGCAGCUCCCAACGCCACUUCAGACACGGAUGAAGAGUUGAGAGAGGCUUUUGAGGCUGUGGAGCAGGAGAAAGAGCUGGAAGAGUUGGAACAAGUAGGAGAGGGGCCUCAGGAGAAGGCCAAGAUAAUGGAAGAAGAGGAGGAAAUUCCUGCUGAGGUGAUAGCAGAGAGUAUUGCGCUUGCUCAGAAACAACAAGAAGAUGCAAGGGCAAGACUGACUAGCUCAGAGCUGGCCCUAUUUGAGGAUCCAGAGGCAGAACACUCUAGUGUUGUUCUAGCGGCUGAGGAACAAGCAAGACAAUCUGUAUUAGAACCUGUGGACCAGGCUAUGGUGGUUCCAGAAGCUGGAGCAAAAGUGGAUGCCUCUGCUCCUGAAGUCAUGUGCACAAAUCAAAUGAUAGUAUAG